UAUAGACAUUUUAUGAAACUUAUCGGGGAAUAUCUCAAAUAUUAGUUAACGUGGACGAUGAAGAGAACUGAUACCUACAGCAAUAUCAUUCAAACUGAGUAUGUUGAAUAAAACCACAACGUCAAACAUUACUACAAAGGAUGUCCUGUUACAGCAUUGUGACUCAUGUUGAUGCAUCAUCUGCGGGCCAGGCUCCUCGAGAACCACUGCACCUGAUCCCCUGUGAGAUUGAACACAAUGGGCCUGCACAGAUUUCACAGUACUUCAACGCUGCCAUGAAGGACCACAAACACGAGAAGACUGCUUCAUUCCGGGGUCGUGGCCUAAAAGGGCAGGAAAUCAUCUGUCCACAAGGCUACACUGGACUGGUGCUCAAGGAGAUCAAUAAGCCUGGUUCGGAUCAGGAGGACAGGACCCUGAAGGUGACUUCCGUGUUUGACAAGCUGACCUACUGGAACCUCGAGACUCCUCCUAACUCAGACGAUGCGGUUGUUAUGGCGAUGGACUGGCCUGAGCUUGCUGAAGUGAUUCAUGGAGCAGUGGAAGACUGAAGAAAAUCUUGCUUUUAGGAGAAAUAAUAAAUAUGCAUACAGUAUUUAAAAGAAAAUGUUUGCUGGUUACCAGACAUAGUCCCAAAAAGAAAUGGUUGUUAAAGAGCACUAACUAAAUGUAUGGUUUGUACAUAUUUUGUGACAAAUUUAGUAUUGAAAUAAAAUAAUAAAACCAAACUACUUCACCGAAACGUGUGUAUGCUAUUUCAUCUGCA